AUGGCAGACCAGGUUAUGGAAGGAAGCAGUCAGCCUGUUGAUUUUUCUAAGCAUCCGUCCGGGAUUAUUCCAACACUUCAGUGAGUCAUUUUUUCAUGCAAGGCUACCCAAUCCCCCUUGUCCCUUGAGAGUGUUAAAGGCUCUAUUUCUAAAUCUCAUGUCUGAUUUGACCUUUCCUUUUCUCUUCUAUGUCUGAUCAAUAUUGGAAUAUUCAUGGUCAGAAAUUUGUGGACUAGAAAGUCCCUUACGUUUGGAACAGUGAAGAUGUUCUUUUGUUAAUAUUAUCUUGCGACGAGCCCAUACAUGUUCUAACUUUUUCCACUGUUUUCCACGUGGAUGCGGUUGCGGGGUUAUGACGUGCAUGGUCUUCGAAAUCUCUCGUCGUUAUCUCACUGACGAGUCCUGGGUUUUCUUCUUCAGUGUUUUCUCAGUGUUAACUAUCUAGUGAUUGAUUAGUUAAAGAAUACGAUAGGAGUGGCUAUGACCAUACAAGAAAUUGUUAAAGUGCAUCUGGCUAAAAUAGUUUCUUGUCUUAGGUUUUUUUCUUACUCACUAAGUAGGGUGCCAUAUAAAUAUAAUCUCGAUAGAAGUACUUUGUUCACUCUAUUUUAUUCUGCCCUCUUAAAUAAUUAAAUUGUUAUCUGGAUGAUCAAAAGUUUGUAUUUUUUGUCUUUCUGAAAAAGGUCAAUGAAACUGGGUCAUUAAGAAGCUGUUAGUGUUACAUUUCUACUAUUGUGGAUAUUGUAAGUUUUUCAGUGUCAAAUAUAUAACUACAACUCCUAGAAAAGAACUUGGGACAAGUGUAUCGUUGAAAUACCAGACAAUUUUGUGGGACUAGGGUGUGAAUAUAGAAGCAUAAUAAGAAAACUUCAGCUGUGCGGCCUACUUUUCGAAAAACAUGUUUUAGAAAUAUUGUUUUCUUCGUUUUUUAAGUAGGCAUGUGGAAGUAGUAUUGAUGCCAAGAACCAUCUACCAUUCAAAGAUAAGCCGUAUGAUCCCAGUUUUACUGUUCUUAGGAGUUAACCGUAUGUGAGGAGAGAGGCUUCUAGGCUACUAGUAAAUGUUAUAUAACACUUCAGGCUUUCAGUAGAUAUUGUGCUUUUAUAUGAGGUCUCUUGAUGGAAUUGGUAUGGUGAUAUGUUGCCCGUCUAGAUUGCCUUCUAUUUCAUAAUAAUGUCUUUUCUUUAGUAUGUCUUCCUCACUGAGUAGUUAUCUCCACUUUGCUUCUUUUUAAAUUUUUUUCUGGUGAAAAAUGAAUCAAGAGAUAGUUGCUGAUUUCUGGAUAUAAUAAUCGAUCUAAUUGUAAUUCACACAUUCCAGUAACAUUGAUGUUUACUGUCCGCUACCCGGUGCCAACUUUUGUUAAUUUAAAGAUGUGGCCUACAUGGUCUGUGUACUGCGUUGUGUUAAUUUUUGUAAACGUAAAUGUGGCCUGUGGCCUACAUCAAGCACGUCUUCACUAUUUUGGAUUAUCUAGAAUUGUCAUGCGAAUGAUGUGGCUAAUCAAAUCUGUUGUAACAUCUUCUACAAUCGUUUUCCAAUGUUUCAGCUGAGAGAAGUGUUAUAUAUCUUAUUUCAAGAUAUCUGAGCCCUGGAAAUCUAAAUUUUUGCAUUGUUUAAUAACAGGAAUAUUGUAUCUACUGUUAACUUAGACUGCAAGUUAGAUCUUAAAGCCAUCGCAUUACAAGCACGUAAUGCAGAGUACAACCCCAAGGUAUGAAAUCAUUCGGUAUAUGUAUGUACGUAUGCAUAUAUAUAUAUAUAUAUAUAUCUAUUGUAUUUCGUAUUCGAUAUCAUUGGGCAAUUGGUUUGGGAAAGCAGCUGGUGGUACUCCUGUAUAAAUAUUACCUGAUCUGUUCUGGAAAGGUACCUUAUUGUGUUCCCAUGACAAGUAUUAUCUUUCGUUAUGAAUGGAUCAUUCGAUCUUGAGUGUGUUCAUUAUACCUAUACUGUUGCUAGUUGUCGCAUGAAACCCUAAUGAUUUCUUACUUAAUGGAUUGUUCAUUAUACCUAUACGCACAGCUAGUUGUUGCAUGAAACCCUAUUGUUUAUUUCUAAUAUUACUUAGGAGUUAACUAAACAACCAUUUAUCUAUGUGGCUUUUUACAGCGUUUUGCUGCGGUUAUCAUGAGAAUCAGGGAACCCAAAACGACAGCUUUAAUUUUUGCAUCUGGAAAGAUGGUGAGUGAUAUUGUGCAUGAUUGUUCAUUAAAGAAUUGAUUUAAUCAGAUGUAUUUCCCUGUGAAUGUAAAUAUGACAUAUUUCUCUAUUUUUUCAGUGCACAUUGUGUAGAUAUUUUAUUUGGUUAAUCGCAGAUCCCUAUAGAAUUGGGUUACUUUUGUUUCUUUUUUUCACUGAGUCCAAUAUUUUGAUUUAUGCAAAGGGCGAAUAUUGAGUAUAAUAAAGUGCUUCGUGGAAAUAAUGUAUAGAAUUUAUUUGUAUUCGAUGCCACAUUUUCAUAUUGUAGAGUCCUUUUGUAGUUUGAGCUAUCUUGUUUUUCAUAAAAAUAAAUGGUUUUACAUUUUGAUGUCGCCAUUGAAAUCUAAAUGAAAACAGGUAUGAAGUGUUCAUUUAUGUGGUUUACUUUUUCGCUGCCAAGUCAUUUGAUGUUCAUUCUGUCAUGACCUUUGUUUCGCAAUUCCUUCUUUGUCAUGAUACAUUUCUUGCUUUUGCCAUCAGGUUUGCACAGGUGCAAAAAGUGAACAACAGUCAAAACUUGCAGCACGAAAGGUAUAAGCUACUGCUUAUGUUUUGUGACCAGUAUUUGCAUCUCAUGGGGUUGAUUGGGCCUUUCGGAUCUAUUUUUUCGUUAUAGUUAAAGAUUUUCAUCUAAUAUGAUACUUUGUAUCACUAGUAUGCUCGGAUCAUUCAGAAGCUUGGUUUCCCGGCCAAAUUUAAGGUAAGAAUUAUCUUAGUUUUAGGGAUGUUUGAUGGUUUCGCGUACUCAUUGUGGAUGAUUAUUAGUCUUGAUACAGCGAUCUUGACAUCGUGCCAUUUCAUUCCUCCUCAGGAUUUCAAGGUCCAGAACAUUGUUGGCUCUUGUGAUGUCAAAUUUCCUAUUAGGCUGGAGGGUCUGGCUUAUUCUCAUGGCGCUUUCUCGAGUGUGAGUUGUUAUAUCUACAUGAUUAAAAUUCCGCUUGCUUAACUAUUGGGAAAUCUCAUGAGUUUUCUCUGUGAAAUGUAAAGAAUAUAAAGGGUUUAAAUAACCAGUAGCACGAGUUUUCGGGAUCACGUAUUAAGCUUGCACUGGUGACAAGGAUUUAAAAAGUAUAGUGGCAAUAUGCAUGUCUUAGGCAUAUAUCCCUUAAUCAGGAAAGGAAAAUUCUCCAUGCAUUCUGGCUGUCUUGGGAUCUCCUUUUUCAUGCCUGAUUGAGCUUGCGAUUAUUGAGAAAAGGGCUUUUCUCUAUUGAUAUUAAAAAAAAGGUAUUAAGUGUCGAGCUCUAGAAGUGGACAAGUGACAGAUGAUUCUACUUCUACAGUAUUAAUCAGCUCUUGCAACGUUUAGUUGGUUUUAAGUUAAGUCUAGUUAGAGAAUCUUGGGUUCCUCUCUAACUUUAUUCUCUCACAUAUACUUUAAUAAGCUCUUCAACAGUUAUAAUACCAGAGGAGAAAGGAACGGUUACAAGGUGAAGGCAGAGAUGUGUAGCGCUUGGGAAAAUGUGCCUUUGAGAGAAUUUAUUCAGUUUAUAUUACUGAUGUGGUUGUCAGGAUUCUAAGAAGUCUCUUAAACUUUAACAUUAAGUCUUUAAUGCAAAAUAUUCAAUUCAUUCAAUCAGUUCGUGACCCCAUAAUUUUACAGACAUUAUUUAUCUGGAGAUCUAGCAACUUGUUGGAAGUUGGCAAUUCUUGGUUCGGGUUAGAUCUGUGACAGCUCUAGACAUUACCAAGCUGUGCUAGAGAAAUCACCUUUGGGAAGAUAAAAGUGCACAAAGGCUUUUUUAUUGAUAUUAUUUCUGCUCUAUGAUUGUUCUUCUUUUAUUGUAGAAUGUGAUAUGAUCUAAUUUUGAUGCAGAUUUAGCAUAUCCUCGUUACCCAAUCUAGAAAUUAGAUGCUGGACAUUUCAUAAAGUGCUGCCGAUCCUAUUAUUGUCUCCCAUUCGAACAACAGUAUAGAACAAAUACUGUGUUUUAUUAGGGUUUAUAAAUGAUCUGUUUUGAUUUAUUUCUUUCUCUUCCACAUUCCUUUUAUUUUUCACGUUUGGAAAAAAGUACUUUUUGUUUCCAAGUGUGCUUUGUAAUCAACUGCGUGUUGGUUUUUUACAGUAUGAACCAGAGUUGUUCCCUGGUCUGAUCUACCGAAUGAAACAACCAAAGAUUGUGCUGCUGAUCUUCGUUUCGGGGAAGAUUGUGCUCACUGGAGCAAAAGUAAUCAAUUUUUCUUACCUUUUUUGUAUUCCUUUUGUUUUUCAUUCCUAACUCGACCACUUUCAAUCCUCUUUUAGGUGAGAGAGGAGACCUAUACAGCAUUUGAGAACAUAUACCCAGUGUUGACAGAGUUCAGGAAAAGCCAGCAAUGGUAUGCGUUUUUGUUUCGACAUGGAAUUUUUUUCGAGCUCUUUUACGCGGGGAUCUAUGUUCCCAUUAACAUCAUAUCAAAAAUACAGCAAAAAGAAAGUAUCUUGCAUUGA